GUAGCUUGCCCCACCUCCCCACGCUGCCCCUUUGGAGCCAGUGCGCUUGCGCAGCUCCCUUGAGCAGAGGUCGGGAACAUGGCCGCGCGGUCCCUGUGGGCGGUCCGGCGGCGGGUGCAGCGCCUCCUGGCCUGGAGUGCCGCCCCUGACGGCAGAAGAGGGCCGCAUCCUUUCAGCACUGCCACUCAGAGAACCACUGGCGAGGACUGCAGUUCCGAGGACCCUCCUGAUGAACUUGGACCCUCUCUUGCAGAAAGAGCCUUAAAGCUAAAAGCUGUUAAACUGGAGAAGGAAGUCCAGGAUUUAACAGUGAGAUACCAAAGAGCUGUAGCUGAUGGUGAAAACAUAAGAAGGCGAACCCAGAGAUGUGUAGAAGAUGCCAAGAUAUUUGGAAUUCAAAGUUUCUGUAAGGACCUGGUGGAGGUGGCAGACAUUUUGGAGAAGACGACAGAGUGCAUUUCUGAAGAAGCAGAGCCUGGGGAUCAGAAGCUCACUCUGGAGAAGAUCUUCCGAGGGUUGUCACUUUUAGAGGCAAAGCUGAAAAAUGUGUUUGCUAAGCAUGGCCUGGAGAAGAUGACACCCAUCGGUGACAAAUAUGACCCUCAUGAGCAUGAACUCAUUUGUCAUGUGCCUGCUGGUGUUGGGGUGCAGCCUGGCACUGUAGCCUUAGUCAGGCAAGAUGGCUACAAGCUACACGGCCGCACCAUCAGACUCGCUCGGGUGGAGGUGGCAGUGGAGUCUCCGAGAAGACUCUGAGGGCCCGCGGGGACUGCGCGCUUGCCCAGCGUGCGCUCACCUGUUUCCUUUAUUUAUUAAGCUUGGUUUGUAUUGUACAUGAGCUACUUCAUGUGAUCUGGUUUGGAUUUAGUCAUAUUGGCUUUAUUUCUGGCUACUCUGUUGAUUUCACAUGACCUGUUCGGUCUCAUCAGAAUCCUUGCCCUUGGGCAUUUGAACAAUGUGACAAGUGUUUGUAUGAUCUUUAUCAGAAUAUGUUUAGGAAAAUUGUUUUAAUUUGAUACUCUGAUCACGUUCAAUCCAAAAUCUUCUUAAAAGAUAAAGACGAGUAUAGGUUUAUAUAUUUCCAAAUGAUUGUUCUACUCUAAUAUCCUUAUCAUGGUUUGUUAGGAUCUUACAUCUUGUGGGUAAAGGAGAUGAUAAGGAUUGGUUCAACAUUUGUGUACUUAGAUGGUAAAACUUUGUAAUUGUAUGGAUUUAGAUCAUUUGGGUUGAUUUUUAUGGAUUUUGGGGGCUUUUUCUCUUCAGCACUCAUUUGUCCUCAUAGGCCCUGCCAGGCACAUGGCUUAGUCCUCAUCGAGCCUUUCUGGCUCCAUUUACAAAAACUGCAGGCCCAGGCUAGACUUGGGAGGCGGGGAACAUCGAAACAUUGGAACUGCCCAGGGGCCUGCGAGGGAUGGUGACCAGCAAGCCUUGUGCUUUCCUUGCUGUGUCUCACUGCUCUUGGCCUCCCUGGGAGAUGAGGCGGUGGGAGCAGCUUAUUUUAUAUAAAGUGUUUCAUAUUGUUACCUACAGUUUUUCUUUCAUGGGCCCUAAAAUCUAGUUUGUCUUGUGAUCCUUUACCUAUUAAUUAGAUAGAUAAAGGGGAAAUGGUCAAGACAAAAAUGUUAGGUUCCCACCAUUUCUCAUUUCAUUGAGUUGUGUUGAUUUUCUUUCAUCCUUUCUCACAAGUCACUACCUCUGUCACAUUGACAAACUUCAGUUCCUAGUUAUUACAUCAUGGUGUGAACAUCUCACUCCCCUUUCUAUAUUUACCUGGUGUCAUUAAGCCUACGUGUUUCUGAAUUUUUCAGUAUUGCUUAUAACUAGUAGUUUAUUCAAUAAAUGGAUACGCAAAUAAAUUAACCAGACUGUAGAAAGGAGAUCAGUUGUUGAUAGCUUAAUGUUAGAAGGGGCCUAAAUGACAAUCUAAUCUUUCCAGCCAGCUGCUCCUGAAGUAUGAAAAUGUAGUGCUUUUAGAAAUGGACUCAAGGGAAAAGAACAAUCUCUAAAACUAGUGAGCUAAACUUCAGUGGGAACUUAAAUAAGCAACAGCUAGAUACUAACAUCAGUCAUGGAAGUGUCAACAGUUCUUUACUAAACGUGCAGUUAUGUUCCCAGCAGACAAUUGUGUGUUAGAAGUGCAGGUUGCAUAGGUUUAAGUUUUAAUUAGUCACCAUUAAGGUAAGUCCAUGUCUCCUAGCACUAAGUCGACCCCAGUGCAGUGGAGUGGUAAAAGUUACCGUAAAUGUCUUAUGAAGUCUGGGAAUCUGCACAGACAUGUGUCAGUAAAACAUCCGCCAGUGGGCUGUACCACCUCCACCACAUUUAGACACUUAAAAAAAAUAACAUCUUUUUAAAAUGCAGAAAACGGGUCACAUCCAGAAUCUCUUGGCAUUCCAUUGAGCACAUACUGUGAUUUAAUGGCAAUCAGAUUUCACAAUAGGAAUUUGUCUUUUUUGCCCCCUUUUUUUUUUUUUUUUGAGCCUGAACCAUCAUUUUCGGUAUGGAAUGUUCUGUACUUGAGUUUUCUAAUACUCCUUGCAACUUCCUCUCUUAGCAGGUAUAAUGAGAAUAAUUACAGAUUUCUUCACUAGUUUUAUAGACUUUAAUGUAUAGACAUUGAAAAUGGACACUUACAGUAUGAGUCACCAAACGUUGAAGGGCUUUGGGGAGCCCCGGCAGCAUAACCAGGCAGAGGCUUGAACACGAACCCCACCAGAGAUGCCUAAUCUGGGGCAUCUGAGUCUGCUUCUUGUUUGGAAAAAGAUUGUAAUUAUUGUCACAAUAGUGUAAGGCUCAAAUGUAAAUUGCCUACUACAGUACAUGCGCAAAUAUUUUUAUUUCUUUUCAUCUACACAUUUCCCCCCCGUUUUUGUAAUCGACUAAAGUCUAGGGAAAAUGGGAAAACUAAGAGCCACUCCACUAUUCAAAAAACUAUAAACAUUAUUAGUCAGAGGGACUUUCCUCCCAGCUCUAGUUAUUUUUUGGCUGGUUUGUCUUUUAAACAUUGCACAGGAAAUUCGUCUUUUUACACUAACAGAGCAAGGAGAUUCUCUUCAUUAUUUUCAUCUUGAUGAAAAAAUGAACAGACACUGUUGACAUACAUGUGAUAUGUAAGGAAGCUCCGGCUCAUUCGAAGAAGGGAUUUUGGAGGAUAUUUGACUUCUGCAAAUCUUUUACAGAUUUUCCUCGCUACCAUAAAAGGAAUUCAGUUUGAUACGUGAGUUACUUGGUGCUUUUUCACAGCAAGGGACUUGAUAAAUGAAGAAAACUUCCAAAGCAAAAGUAGAAUUGCAAAGGAAGGAUGAACUAUUGAGAAAUAACUAAUAAAGCCCAAGUUGAGAUCACUGGGGUUCACGUGUUUGGUUUCUGUCUGCCUAGCUCACGUUUGACGUGAUGACUGUGAGGGCUGCUGGGCCACCCCUGUGACCUUCUGGAAGAUUGCAAGUGCUGAGGUCGCACUUGAUCAGCGGGGGGAGUGCAGACACUACACACCCUGCCUCAGAUGUAGUCUUACUUUUCUGCCUUGCUCACUUGUCUCUGACACCUAUGUAUUUCCUCGCUCUGGACUCCUGUUGGCUACGUUCCUGUCUGGCAUUGCCUCAUUGUCUGUGUUUUCAUCUUGGUUAUAAUUCUGUUUUCUGCCUCACUGCAGCUGCUGCCCUCCUGAUCAGUCUCAUCCAGAUUACUGGCACGGGGCUUUGUUUUGACUUGCGGCUUCCAUGAGUCCUUCGACUGGCUGUCCUGGCUUACCUUGGCUACU